AUGUCCGCCCUCGUCGUGCACCCCAGCGCUCUGGCGUUGGUGCCCAUAAAGCCAACCACGUCCACUGCCGCUUCAACCCCGCUCGCUCUCCCCUCCCGCUUUCCCUCGGGCGGUCUCCCGCGUGCCGCUGCCGGUCCAACAGGCCACACCUACCUCUACGCCGCCAACACCUCCGGAACGGCCAGCGGAUCUGUGGUCUGGGAGUAUGAUUCCAAGGGACGCCGUGUGGGUGAGAUGACGGGCUCCUCGUUGGGAGUCCAGAGGGUGGCGACGGCUGGAACCCUUGUGGUGCUCGCUUGCAAGAAGGAGGCAAAGGUCAUGAAGCGGGCUGGGAAUGGAGGAAAGUGGGCUUGUUUGAGGACUCUCGAGUUGCCAAGGGGCCAACUCACUGCCAUGACUGGCGACGCGGACCUGAUGGCGUUCUGCGCCGACGAGGUGGUCGUUUACGAGCUCGAGACGGGCAGGAAGGCUUCUAUUGAAGACAUGGACAUGCCCGUGUCCUGUGCACGUAUCGUCCACCUCGACUCCCGCCCCUACCUCCUCGUCCCAUCGACAGACCGUCUCACUGCGUACCCCAUUGACACCGAGGGCAUCCCAAAGGCAUACAAUCUUGGUCUCGAGCGUGCUGGCCGGGACAUUGUCGUCUCAGGAACCCAGGUCGCUGUCGCUUCUGAGGGAACCCAUGGCGAAGUGGCCGUUGUAUCCCUAACGGACGGCGACGUCUCGACGAUCAAGUUUGGCGUCGAGGUGGCUGGUCUGAGCUGGAUCGACGGUCAAACAUUGGCUGCGAGAACCGUUUCUGGAAAGAUGUUGGUUCGCGAUAUGCGUACAGGAAGCAUUUCACCAGUGGAGCUCGACCAGCCCGUCCUUGACGUCCAUGCUCUCCCAACUCCUCGGGCCACGCGUGCCCCCUCGGAUCGCCCCUUGGCCCGUGUCCUCGCCGAGAACAACCUGACAAACAACCUCGCGGCCUCGGCUCCGCCCAAGAAAACGUCUGACAAGAAUGCCAAGGAAUCAGAGAAACGUAUUGUGUCCGCACCCACAACACGCGCGCCGACGGCCCCAGUCCGCACCGACAUUCACAUCACCCCUCUGAACCCCGCCGCCUCCCGACCCAGUGCCGCCCCAGCUUCCCGCGUGAUCAGCACAGCGAGCACUGUGCGCAUCCGCCCCGCGGUCAUUGACGAGGCGGACGAGACGACGGCGUUCAGCCCGGGUGCGAGCGCGAGCGUGCGCCGUGCACCCCCACCUCACGAGCACAACGGCCAGAGCAGCGGUGGCGAUGCGCCAACGUGGGAGGCGUUUGAGGAGAUGCGUCGCGAGAUUGCCAACCUCCAGUUGGACAUGUUACGCAUGGGCCGCGGUCUCAAGAACGAGAUCCGUUCAGCCGUCUCCCCGCUCGUCGACGAGCUGCGUUCCAGCCGCGAGACAAUCGCCAAGCAAGCAGCGGAGAUUGAGCGUUUGAGGAGGGGAUACUAG